AUGUGGAAGCCAUCCUUGAACUUUAUUACCCUGCACUACUCUUGGAUUAUCUUCAACAGUCUCCUGUCCUUCGUCAUCUUGUAUCCCUAUGGCAACCUUGCUGCCAUCGAUGCCUAUUUCUUCGGUGCAAGUGCCUCCACAGAGUCGGGCCUCAACACCGUCGACGUGAAGGACCUCAAGACGUACCAGCAAGUGUACCUCUACGUCAUCCCGGUCAUCACCAACCUGGGGUUUAUCAACAUCCUUGUUGUCCUUGCUCGUCUGUUUUGGUUCGAAAAGCACUUCAAGCAAGCUGCGGCUUCGUUCCCUAAGCCGAACACUAGCAGCAGUCCGUCAGCCGACAUUGAAGCACAACCAGAAACUACGGUACGCCUCGGUAAUGCCGAUAGCGAAGCUGGCCAGCUGGACAAUGGAGGACUCGAGGACAAGUCGUCAAGCGCUGAGGCGGCGUCAGCUGUUGAGAGGCAGGAUCAAUCCCUUCAGCCGAGCUCGACAGCCCACAUCAUGUUCGGAAAGGACGUAAGAGAGCCACGCAGCAAUUCCUCGCUCUACGUCCCGCCGCCAAGGGAGCGUGACAGUGGGCAUGCCAUCGUGGACAGGGGCUCGGUUGCCAGUGACCUUGAUGAUGACGAAGAAGACGCCAUCAAGCCAGUACCGAGCGCGGGAACUGGGCCGAGCGGGCUCACAAGACGGCGGGGAUUUCGCCAUCGCGACGACGAUGCCGGUCCAAGCUUGUCCCAUACUAGGUCUAUCGAGCAUGCAGCAGCAUCCCUGUUCAUCCUCGGCCAUACCAAGACCACUUCCCCCAACCGGGACAGAAGCCGUCGAUCUGUCUCCCGCGUGCGCUCAGCAGACCUACCAUACCUCUCCAGGGAGGUUACCGUGGGGCGGAACUCGCGCUUCUACAAGCUCACAGCCCAAGACCGGGAGCGGCUGGGCGGUAUCGAGUACCGGAGCCUCAAGCUCCUGUUGAAGAUCGUCAUCGGUUACUACUUUGGCCUUCACGUCUUUGGCGUGGUUUGCCUACUGCCGUGGAUCCACAACGCCCCUUCCAAGUACACUGACUGGCUCCAGGCGUGCGGAGUGGACACGACGUGGUGGGCAUUCUACUCGUCCCAGACAAUGAUCAACAACCUCGGCUUCACCCUCACGCCCGACUCCAUGGUCAGCUUCCGGGACGCCACCUGGCCCAUGAUCGUCCUGACCUUUCUCGCUUUUGCAGGCGAGACCUUGUACCCGGUGCUACUCCGCCUCGUGAUCUGGACCAUGUCCCUCAUUGUUCCCAAGCACUCGCGCAUGCACGAGACACUCCGCUUCCUACUGGACUACCCAAGACGGUGUUCGAUUCUUCUGUUUCCAGGCCGGCCGACGUGGAUUCUCUUUGGCAUCUUAGUGGCGCUCAACGCGGCCGACGUGCUGCUGAUCGUGGUCCUCGACUUGGACAACCCGGCCGUCAACGACUUGCCGCUUGGGCCGCGGAUUCUGUCGGCGCUGUUCCAGGCGGCAUCGUCGCGCCACACGGGCACGUCGACGCUGAACCUGUUUCUCGUGAACCCGGCCGUGCAGUUCAGCCUGCUGGUCAUGAUGUACAUCUCGGUGUUCCCAAUCGCCAUCAGCAUCCGCGCGUCAAACACGUACGAGGAGCGCACCCUGGGCCUCUACGAGGAGGAGCGCAGUCCGGACGAGACCAGCGGCAGGUCUUACGUCCUCAUGCACAUCCGCAACCAGCUGAGCUUUGAUCUCUGGUACAUCUUCCUCGGGACGCUGUGCAUUUGCAUUGCUGAGGCGCCGAGGAUAGCGGAUUUUGCCGACCCGGCAUUUUCCGUCUUCUCGAUAAUGUUCGAGGUCGUAUCAGCAUACGCCAACGUCGGCCUCUCCCUAGGCCAUCCAACCGUCAUGACGUCCCUUUGUGGCAAGUUCACCACCUUCAGCAAGGUGGUCAUCUGCGCCAUGAUGAUACGCGGCCGCCACCGCGGCUUGCCCUAUGCCGUGGAUCGUGCCGUCACACUGACGGGCGACCUGGAGCGUGAGGAGGGUGAGGAGCAGCAGGGCGGCAGGACAUUGGAGGCUGCCAUGAAUGAAGCGAGCGGGAGCGGUUCGCCCGGUGGUAGUGGUGGGCUCAAUAAGGGGGAGAAGAUGCCGGUUGUGGAGGGCAAGAGCGGGUAG